GAAAUGAAUAGAUCUGAAGUAUCUCUCCAAGACGAUUAUGAACACCCAGAUCCUUUAGAGUAUAUAUUGGAGUCGGUUUUAAUGCCUAGUGAUGAAAGUUUAGAAUAUAAACUUUUGGCAGAUGAUUACAACUCCGUUCUCCUCAACCAAUGUCACUGCAGUGGAGUCUGUGAAGACAGCAAAAUCUGUCCACAUGGAGGACAAUAUGACUGUUCAGAUGGGAACGAUGUACUUCUUAGGAAAACAUCACUUCCCGUCCUUGAGUGCAAUGAUCUAUGCACAUGCAGCAGGAACACCUGCUGCAAUCGACUCGCGCAGUACGGACCAAGAAAAAAUCUGGAAAUAUUCGAUUCCCCAGUAUUUGGAUCCAAAGGUCUACGAACUACAGUAGGCAUUUCAAAGGGCGGCUACAUAUGCGAAUAUGCCGGAGAACUUCUAACCCCAUCAGAGGCAAAAAAACGUUUGCUUUAUAAUGAAGAAAACGGCCUUAUGAACUACAUCCUAGUUCUAAAUGAAUACGCCAGCGAAAAGAAGCAACAGGUGACCAUCGUUGAUCCUUCUAGACGUGGGAACAUAGGCCGCUACCUCAACCACAGCUGCGAGCCCAACUGCUACAUAGCAGCAGUACGAAUAGACUGUCCUAUACCAAAAAUAGGUAUUUUCGCAGCCCGGGAUAUUUUGGCCCAGGAGGAGUUGUGCUUUCAUUAUGGCGGAGAGGGGCAGUUAGAUAACUUAGUAGAUGGAAAGCCUUGCCUUUGCGCUUCUUCUAAAUGCACGGGAUUCAUGCCAAGUACUGAAAUUGAAUGA